GCAGCAGGGGACAGGGGUGGGUGGCAGGGGUGUCCUCCACCUGUGUCCCCCGUGUCACCCGUGUCCCCCUCUCCCUCCAGGCCCAGCCAUGUCCCGCAUGUCCAGACCUGCUGUCACGUGAGUGGGGACAGGGUGGGAUGGGGCUGCCCCUCCCUUCGGACCUGGGUCGGGUCACCCCGUGUGACACCCAUCUUCACCCCCCUCUCUCUCCCCUGUCCCUGGUGCAGAGGGGCCCAGGGUCCCUGGGGACCCCCCAAGCCGUCCCACCCCCUGGGAGUCCUGGCGGGGCCCGGGAACGUGGCCGAGUCUGUCGUCGACCCCGACAUGGAGAAACUGUUCGAGGACUUCCUGGGGAAAGUGACGAUGGUGGCCUCGGCGGCCUCGCGCCCCCCGGCCCAGCCAUACCACUACGUGCUGCGGGACACGGAGCAGAAGGGGCUGUGCCUGCAGGACGGGCACCUGGUGGCCACCAGCCUGCAGGUCGCCAACGCCGCCCAGGAAGAGCCCAUCAGCGUCGUGCCCAACCGGCACCUGGAGCGCCGGCGCUGCCCCCUCAUCGUGGGCAUCCGCGGGGGCACCCGCGCCCUGUCCUGCGGCACUGGCCCCGAGCCUCGGCUGCACCUCGAGGACGUGGGGCUGCUGGAGCUGUUCUCAAAGAAGGGGGACGAGGCCACACCCUUCACCUUCUACAAGACCUUCGGGGGGUCCACGCACACCUUCGAGGCCGCAGCGUUCCCAGGGCUGUUCCUCAGCACGGCCCCAGGCCCGGGGGAGGCCCUGGCCAUGGCCCCCCCCCCCGGGGCCACCGCCUUCUACCUGCGCCGAAAGUGACCCCGGCACCCACAGUGGGGGGCACCCAGGGGGGGGACAUCCAUGGGUGGGGGGUUCCUCCCUUCCAAAUAAAGGGACUGUCUUGGUGUCAGCUCGGGGUGUGUGAUUUGGGGAGGGGGGCCAGGAUCGGGCCUCGUGGGGCAGGAUCGACCCACAGGGGCAGGAUUGG